AUGUGUAGAUUUUUGGUUUACAAGGGAUCAGAUGAGAUAUUGCUCUCAAAACUAAUACUCGAUCCUACUCAUUCAAUUCUCACACAAUCUUUUGAUUCUCGGCUUCGCCUUGACACUAGAAGCCCUCCUAACGGAGAUGGCUUUGGAAUUGGCUAUUACACUGACACCAAACUCGGGUCUGAACCUUGUAUCUUUACCUCAACAACUCCGGCCUGGAAUUGCGUCAAUCUUCAACGUAUUGCCUCUAAGACUGCUUCUCGAUUAAUUUUUGCUCACGUCCGCGCCACAACUGAGGGCUCACUCAGCGAUGACAACUGCCACCCAUUUCGUCACAAUAGCUUGAUGUGGAUGCACAAUGGAGGACUAGGCGCAUGGAAACAUAUCAAGAGGCAGCUUGGGCAGCGUUUGAAAGACAAGUGGUAUCUUGGUGUGCAAGGUUCAACUGAUAGUGAGUGGGCUUUUGCUCUCUACCUUGACACUCUCGAACGUAUGGGUCACAACCCUAGCCAUCCACCGCCAGAAGGGUUCGGCCCAACGAUUCUGAGGAAAGUUAUGCUCGAAACUAUCCAGCAAAUAAACGAAAUGAUAAAAAAUAUUCCAGAUAGUGUCAAAGAGACCGAGCAUAUCGAUACUCGUAGUUUACUCAACUUUGUCGUCACAGAUGGCCACAGCGUGAUCUGCACCCGAUAUAUAAGCAGUCACACGGAUCAAGCUGCUAGUUUAUAUUACUCUUCAGGAACAUGCUGGGAAGACAAGAGUUGCAAGGGAGAAUAUCAAAUGGAUCGUCGCGAUAAAGGAUCAGACAUUGUUUUGGUAGCCAGUGAGCCGCUGACUUUUGAAAGAGAUAGUUGGGUAACUGUUCCAACAAAUUCGGUGUUGACAAUUCACAACCAAACCGUUAUGGUACAUCCCAUAAUUGAUGAAUAUUAUGAUGCAAGCCCCUCACAUUCACGUUCAACCAAAUUCGUUCAUGAUCAAGGCCUUGUCGCAAAUGAAAAGGUCAAACCCAGUUUAGCUGUAACAGCCCCAUUAGCUAAGACUUCAAAUUUUAGUCUCCACAAUGUUGAAGCCGAGACAUGGUGCCAAGAAAUAUCUCGCAAAAAUUAUGCUGCUAUCAAUCAGAUGAAAUUUGCAGUCCCUCAAGGCAUCAAAUAA